AUGGCCAAUGGGACCGGGACGGUCAUGCUGAAAUGCGUGGUGGUGGGGGACGGGGCCGUGGGCAAAACUUGCCUGCUGAUGAGCUACGCCAACGACGCGUUUCCAGAGGAGUAUGUGCCCACCGUGUUUGACCACUAUGCAGUCACUGUUACAGUUGGGGGGAAGCAGUAUCUGCUGGGGCUGUAUGACACUGCAGGACAGGAAGACUACGAUCGUCUGAGACCUUUAUCUUAUCCUAUGACAGAUGUCUUCCUUAUCUGCUUCUCAGUGGUAAAUCCAGCCUCAUUUCAAAAUGUGAAGGAGGAGUGGGUACCAGAGCUAAAGGAAUAUGCACCUAAUGUACCCUUUUUAUUAGUAGGAACCCAGAUUGAUCUUCGUGAUGAUCCAAAAACUUUAGCAAGAUUGAAUGAUCUGAAGGAGAAGCCUAUAUCUAUGGAGCAGGGACAGAAGUUAGCAAAAGAGAUAGGAGCCUGCUGCUAUGUGGAGUGUUCAGCUUUAACACAGAAAGGACUGAAGACUGUUUUUGAUGAAGCUAUAAUAGCCAUUUUAACUCCAAAGAAAAACACAGUGAAAAAAAGAAUAGGAUCAAGAUGCAUAAACUGCUGUUUGAUCACGUGAGAUACAUUUGACAAUGGCCAGGCCUACUGUGAAUUUCUAUCAAACGUAAAUGAUACAGUUCAUAAGUACACAGAACUUGUUAUAG